AGUUUAUGUGCUGCCGUUUUGACUCGAGCACGAAUGCUGAGAAUGCUUCUCGCAUGAAGGUAUGGACCUGAUCGACUCAUGCAGAACAACCAAGCAGAUCCUGAAGGUUGGCCUGCCGGAGCCGAUUGUGAAACGAGGCGACUUUUUGACGAUCCAUGUGCAAAUUGGACUUGCCGCAACUGGAAGGAAGCUUUGGAGCUCUAAGGAACUCGGAAACCCAAUCACAUUCCAGGUUGGGACCAAUGAACUUUUUCGAGGAUUGGACUCAGGAUGCUUGGGCAUGACCUGUCGUGAACAGCGGCGCCUACAUGUGCCAGCAGCAGAAGCCUUUGCAACAGCGGCUCUUCCGGCCUGGGGUGCCUCCAAGAGAUAUGGCAAGUCAGCGUUAAAGGAUACAAUUUGUUGUUUUGAUGUCUAUUUUGGAUUGUUUAAUGGAUUGAAUGCUCCAAAGUGCUUUGCUGCGUAUUUUUGUACGAUCACAUGUCCGAUCACAGAUGACUGACUAAGCUCGCCAUACUGUUCAGUAGCAUGGAUUGCAGUACAUGCAGACACGCAGCCCAUCCGGUUUGUUGAGCAUGCCAGUGUGCGGUUGC